ACCUCCUGGCGCUCGCCGGUCUCCGGCCGGACCGUGAGGCGGGCGGCUGCGGCACGCGGCGGUGGAGGACCCGGGCGGCCGGGGAGCGGCUGGGCGCCCCGCGGGGAGGCUGGACGGCCCGGGCUUGGCCGAGGGUGCCGCUCCACCGCCGGCCGGCACCAUGGCAUCGCUGGCCGACCGGGUCCGGGGCAACGGGCGCAUCGCCGCCGGGCUCCUGUUCAACUUGCUGGUGUCCAUAUGCAUCGUGUUCCUCAACAAAUGGAUCUAUGUACACCACGGCUUCCCCAAUAUGAGCCUGACCCUGGUGCACUUCGUGGUCACCUGGCUGGGCUUAUACAUCUGCCAGAAACUGGACAUCUUUGCUCCCAAAAGUCUGCCUCUCUCCAAGCUGCUCCUCCUGGCCCUCAGCUUCUGUGGCUUUGUGGUCUUCACCAACCUUUCUCUGCAAAACAACACUAUCGGCACCUAUCAGCUGGCCAAGGCCAUGACCACGCCGGUGAUCAUAGCCAUCCAGACCUUCUGGUACCAAAAGAGCUUCUCCGUCAGAAUACAGCUCACGAUGAUCCCUAUAACUGUGGGUGUAAUCCUAAACUCAUACUACGACGUGAAGUUCCACGCCCUUGGCAUGGUGUUUGCUGCCCUUGGGGUGUUAGUCACGUCCCUUUAUCAAGUGUGGGUGGGCGCCAAACAGCAUGAAUUGCAGGUGAAUUCCAUGCAGCUGCUGUACUACCAGGCUCCCAUGUCUUCCGCCAUGCUGCUGGUGGCUGUGCCUUUCUUUGAGCCAGUGUUUGGAGAGGGAGGAAUAUUUGGUCCCUGGUCAGUUUCUGCUUUGCUUAUGGUACUACUGUCUGGAGUAAUCGCUUUCAUGGUGAACCUAUCGAUUUAUUGGAUCAUUGGGAACACAUCGCCAGUCACCUAUAACAUGUUCGGACACUUCAAGUUCUGCAUCACCCUGUGUGGAGGAUACAUUUUAUUUAAGGACCCGCUGUCAGUUAACCAGGGACUUGGCAUUUUAUGUACGCUGUUUGGCAUCCUCGCCUAUACCCACUUUAAACUCAGCGAACAGGAAGGAAGUAAGAGUAAACUGGUCCAACGGCCCUGAGCUUUGGCGGAGAAAAGAAGGCUGAGAAAAAGAUGAGAAAUGUGUAAGUCUGUGGAAAAGCUACCAUGCAACAUUCCCCCAGUGACUUACAAGAAGUAUUUUCUUCAAAAUGUGACGACUGUUAGUACUUUUCAUCGAUUUAAUUUUCUAAAACCAAAAUGGUUAGCGCUUCUCUUCAAAGACUUUCUGGAGCUGCCACUCAGCAGUGCAGCUCCAGACCCUGGGCUCAAACUCCGGCGCCUACGAAGAAGUGGCACGGACUGCGUGGAAGGUGGUUUCAUCCUGCCAGCUGAGACACAGGAAAGUUGUGUUCUGUGGGAAGGACAAAGGGUGCACGCUCCAGUGCUGCAGGCAGUGCUUACAUAGCACUCCUGCCCGCUAACAGGGUUUCCCACUGUGAGGUGUAGUAUACGUUAGUCACUGUGCAGCACAGGAGAUUGAACCCAAAGCCUUGCACUUGCCAGACAAACACCACCAUUGAGUUACAUCCAGAGACAUGGAGUCAGAAUUUAAAUUAAAAAGUGGUUUAUUUUCUUUAUCAUUUGGACAAUGAUAGUAGAUUUGAGACAGGUUCUCAAAUGUAGCCCUGACUGGUCUGGAAUUCUUUUCUAUAUAGCCCAAACUGGCUUUGAACUCAUAGAGGUCUGCUUGCCUCUGCCACCAUACCUGGCCUUUAGCUGCUUUUAUUAUUUCAUUGUAGAACUGAAAUAUUCAUAGAAAGCAAACUGUCAUAGAUAUGGUCAUAGAACAGACCACGGCUCUGAAAGCCCUACUCUUUCGGUAGCAAGCCGAUAUAAGAAGUUCUUCCCUGUCAAACAGGGCAGACUGCUUGCAGCAAGACCUACUCAACAGCGUAGACUCUGUCUGUGCUAGUGAGUAUCUGCGGUCGGAAGUAAUGGGGUUGGGAGGAUGGCAGUCUCAUUGGUCCUCGCAUGGCUUUGAGCUUUCAGUGAGCUCUAGCUACUGUUUGUGGAGUUAAAAAGCAAAACUAAACCCCACGAUUAAAUGUCUCAAAGAAAGGCCUAUAGGGCCAGAGGGAAUAGUCCCGCAGUAGAGAACCUGCCUACAAUCCUCAGCAGCAACCACAAAAGCAGACUGUACAUGUGGAAAGAGGUAGGUGUCUACCCUGGCAACUGCUUGUCCAGCUUGCUCGGACAUUUCAUCUUACUGAUUUCUGCUAUGGCCUCCAUUCCAGCCCUCCCCUCCCCCCCCGCCUUCCACAGAAUGAAGCAGUGUGGAAGGAGCACUAUAUGGCGUUGAAAACUGGAUCGCACUGUGCAGAAAAUGACAGCAAAAGCUCUCAAUUCUAGGCUGAAACUUGGUGGAAAAUAGGGAAGAUGUGAAAGAAGUAAAAACACUAGCUAGUUGUGUGAGAUUUCACAGGGGUGGAGAAGUACUUUUAAUUGAGAUGCUGACAGAAUGCGUGGUCUCCAGCAAAUAGGGUGCUGUGUAUUGUGUCUGCCUUGAGUAGCGUGACGCUUCACCAUUGCAAACUCCAUUGAUGACCUCGCAAGAGUAGGAUCUCUCCUCUUGAAAUAACUUUCUGGAUAUGCGCUUUCUGUGAGGGAGAGAACAACUAAGACAAAGAGCCAUGUCUGUAUCGAUAUUGUGACGACAGAUUUUGUCUUAGAUUUUAUUUUCACGGAGAAAGGUAGCUUUUAGUAUCUCUUAGGGUUUUUUGGUGGUGGUUUCUAGGGUUUUUUGGUUUUCCAAGACCGGGUUUGUCUGUGUAGCCCUGGCUGUACUGUAGCUCUCUGUAGACCAGGCUAGCCUCGAACUCACAGAGAUCCACCUCCCUCUGCCUCCUGGAUGCUAGGAGUAAAGGUGUGUGCCAACACUGCCCAGCAUUUUUUAGUUUUUUAACCAAAUAAAAAAACGUGGGUUCUAUCCCGAGCACUGCCAAAACAAAAACUUUUUACUUUCAAGAAAUGAGGAAACAGGCUGGAAGUUCCUUGGCCAUGUAGACCACUUGGACUUCCAAGGCAGCCUGAAUUAAUGGUGAGAUCCUGUUAGCAGGAAAUAAAAAGGAAAGGCAAUAUGCCUGUUUCAGGAUCAUGUGUUUGGAGAAUUUCACUGUGUCAGUCUGUUGUAUGUCAGUGUAUGUGCUGCUAUGUUUUUAUUCUGUUUACAGAGCUAAGAACUGCAGAACACAUGCAUCUUUGGUAUUAUGCUUAAGCAUUUUCUAUGUGUGUUUAAAUUAGUGUGUAACUGUUUCCCAAAAGCUAAAGACAUGAUAUUCCAGCACAGAGACCAUCUGGUUUCUGAGCAUUAACAACUGAGUUUAUUUGUGCUGUGUGCAAGCUCUUAACUGUCCAUAAAACCUGGGGACAGAGGGCGAUCCGGAAAGGAAGGUGUAAUGAGUGGGAGCUCCGUGGGGAUGAGAUAGUGAAGCUGUGUCCGCAUAAGUGAAUAAACUGCUCUUACAACUGCA